AUGGCUGAAAUACUACGGCAGAAACCCAGUGCUUUCGCAGCACAGGCUUCAGCUUCUGCAGCCCAGCAAAUUCUAGAUCACAAAGCCCCAGCAUACAAGUUUUCAUUCACACCUUUUCUGUUUAACAACUAUCGCAUGGGUAUUUCGCCCGAUCGGCCUACGUGUAAAGCAUAUCUUCAAGGGCACUGUCCUCUCGGGGCUAAUUGCCCUGAUAAGCAUGCUACCAAUCCCAACAACUCAUGGAAUUUCAACAACAUGGGCCUCUGUAAAAAAGGUGAAACAUGCGAGUUUCUUCACGAGUUCAACUUGAGGAAGAUGCCGGAAUGCAACUUCUUUGUAAAGAACGGCUAUUGCUCUAAUGGAGAUGAGUGUCUUUAUUUACAUGUUGAUCCUGCCUCGAAAAUGGGAAAUUGCCCGCAUUAUGAUAAGGGGUUUUGUCCGCUGGGUCCCAGGUGCUCCAAAAAGCACAUACGCAAAGCACUCUGCGAAUUUUACCUAGCAGGAUUUUGUCCAGAUGGACCCAAAUGUAAAAAGGCUCAUCCCAGAUGGCCUUCUGACUUACCGAAGCCAACUAUCAAGGUCGAGAGGGAUCCAGAAGAAGUUGCCGAAGAACAAGCGAGAAUCAGAGAGAAUGCAGAGAGAGAGGCGGACAGGGAAAGAGGAUUUGGAGAAGGUCGACCUAGACAGAGGUGGAGGGGUGGAUUUAGCUAUCGUGGAAGGGGUGGUGGAGGCGAAAGGGGUCAACGAGGGCGCGGACAUUAA